UGCAGCCCCACACUGGGGCAUCCAUCUGGGUUCAGGUCUGGAGUCACCCCCUCCAGGACACGGGGAUGGGGGGAGCAGGAGAUCCCUGGGACUGAAAAAUAUGGGAAAAGGAUUGUGACCCUCAGCCCCGUGUCACUUGACAGUUCCAUGUCACCCCUAAGCCCUGUGUCACACCUCAGGCCCAGGUCACCUCCCUGUUCCAUGUCACCUCCGAGUCCUGUGUCACCUCAGCCGCUGUCACCCCCCCGCCCCCAGCCGAUGUCACCACAUCCUGGGGCCCUGCCAGCUGUGGGGUUGGGGGAGGGUGUGCCGUUCUUGUUCGUGCCGGUGGCAGGAUCCGGCCGUGCUGUCCCCGCGAUGCUGCCGGGGUGGCCGUGGCCCCGGGCCGGCCCCACCGUGUCCGUGCGGGCUCUGUUCAGUUACCGCUACCGGGCACAGGACGGGCGGGACGUGGCCAUGGCCGCGGGCGAGCGGCUGCUGCUGCUCCGCAGGGCCACCCCGGACUGGUGGCAGGUGAGGCGACCCGGGGACCCCCCCUGGGCGCGCCCCUUCUUUGUCCCCGCCGCGUACGUAGCCGAGGAAGAGCCCGGGAACAGCGGGAUCCAGAGCCCGGGGGCAGCCACGGGUCCCCCCCGUGCCGGUGGCCUCAGCACCAGAGAGCUGCCGGACACGGCCCCCUCUUCACCCCCGCGGUGCCAGUCCCAGGAGGACACUGGGGUGUCCCCUCCGGGACCCGCCAAGGAGCGGAGACAGCGAGAGACCCCCCCAGUGCCGACAGGGCCCCCCCUGCAGGUUUUGGGGUCCUGGGAGCGGCACCGGGACCCCGAGAGCGGCCGCUGCUUCUUCUACAGCCCCGAGAGCGGCAUCAGUUCUUGGAAGCCCCCCCGGCGGCACCGGGCGGGUACGGGGCGGGGGGACCCCGAAACCAGUGCCUGGGCUGCAGCUCCCCAAGAGCACAGUGCGUUUGUGGGGCCUUUGCUGGCCUGGACCCCCGACCCCCUGGAGCUGAAAGUUCUUGCAGAGCCCAACUGAGGAUUCCUGGUUGGGCUCUCUGGGCAGAGGUGCUGCUGGCCCCAUCUGUCCCCCAGGUGCUGGCACAUUUUGGAGAUCAGGAAUGCUGGAAAAAGCUUAUUCACCAGAUACAACACGCU